GGGGAGUAUCAGGGGAGUGUGUGUAAGUUAUAGAAGGCACUAUAUGAGUUGAAACAAUCUCCAUGAGCAUGGUUUGGGAAGUUUACAAAUGCGGUACUGGAUUUUGGUCUCCAUAGAUGUCAGACAGAUUAUUCAAUAUUUUACUUGCAUAAGAAUAAAGGAUUUUGCAGUGGGGCGAAGAUCGACGCUUUGAUGAAAUGCGCAGCAAUUUGGGAAAGUUGGCAAUAUUCUGGUUACUUCAGGCUGUCUGGGUGUGGACUGUAAGCUUACCUGUAACAAUUGUUAAUUCAAGCAACAGAUAUCCAUCUCUUCAUGCUGAGGACAUAAUUGGGUGGGCUAUGUGGUCUGUGGGUAUUCUAGUUGAAGCUACAGCUGACCAACAAAAGUUGGCAUUCAAGAACGUCUUGGAAAACAGGGGGAAAUGGUGCAACGUUGGAGUCUGGAAAUACUCUCGUCAUCCAAACUAUUUUGGUGAGAUCUUUCUUUGGUGGGGAAUCUUUGUGGCUUCAACUCCUGUGCUUGAAGGUGCCGAGUGGCUUGUCGUCUUUGGGCCAAUUUUACUUACAUUGUUGCUUCUCUUUCUCAGUGGUGUCCCAAUGCUUGAGGAUUCAGCGGAUAAGAAGUUUGGCAAUGUAGCAGGAUAUAGGCAUUAUAAAAGAACGACGAGUCCUUUGAUUCUGCUGCCCCCUGAAGUGUAUGGAAGCUUGCCGUCAUGGUUCAAAACAACAUUCCUCUUUGAGUUUCCUUUCUACAGUCGAAAUCUUCCUCAGGAAGAAAUGUUAAGCUGUAGUGGGAGGUGUGUCCUCUUCAUUAUCGAGUUUGGGUUCAUUUUGGUCCACAAAACACAUAGGCUUCAUUCUUGUCGUGUAACUUUUACACUCUUGCAUAUUUUAUGCAUUCAUAUCUUUCUUUGGUGGGGAAUCUUUGUGGCUUCAACUCCUGUGCUUGAAGGUGCCGAGUGGCUUGUCGUCUUUGGGCCAAUUUUACUUACAUUGUUGCUUCUCUUUCUCAGUGGUGUCCCAAUGCUUGAGGAUUCAGCGGAUAAGAAGUUUGGCAAUGUAGCAGGAUAUAGGCAUUAUAAAAGAACGACGAGUCCUUUGAUUCUGCUGCCCCCUGAAGUGUAUGGAAGCUUGCCGUCAUGGUUCAAAACAACAUUCCUCUUUGAGUUUCCUUUCUACAGUCGAAAUCUUCCUCAGGAAGAAAUGUUAAGCUGGUAAAACUACAUUCUUUUUCUAUGACAUUUUUUUCUUGAAUUCAGUCAAUAUUCACAUUUCCAAGCCAAGUGUGUUCUUUUCAUGUAGGUUCUUCUAUUUGCUUUACCUCAUUUGGUUCUUAUUUCUUAAUAUUGUUUAUUUCUUUAUUUUAAUUGGGCUAUUUCCUUUAACUAACGGCAAAGUUACCACCAAAUAAACAAGUUAGUGGUCAAUAGUAACUAGAGCCCACGACAGGUGCUGCAGACUGUAGCGAGAGUUUUCGUUUAGUUCGCACCAUCAAGCGUUAGUGAAAGUCAGUUUUGGUUAGUGAAACAACAGGAAGUUGAGGUUGACUUUCAAGCAAUAAGUAAUCAUCUAUCUUCUUUGAAACGGAAUUCCCCGUUCUACUUUCUGGAGCAAAACAUAUGUAGCGAUAGAAAAGACACCCUUUUCUUCCAUCAACCAAAUUUCCAAUUGGAUUUUGAUAGUCUAAUUAUAGAUGCUCUUUCCGAAGCUUUGUUUGGUUGAGAAAUCUGGGGGGACUUGGACUAGAAUAACACGUCUGAGAUAGUUGCUGUACUUAAAGAAUAAGUUGAGUGGUUUGGUACUACAUCGUGACCAAGGUGACAUAUAUCAUGAAUAAAUUUAUCCUUUUUAGCCCCCAUACUUCUCACACGGGGAAAAAAUAUUAGGUGGAUCAUGAUGAUGCAAUUAUCUCUCUUUGCAACUACCCUUUUUGUUAUAUAGUAGUCAAAGAAAUAAGAAACAAGAAGGAAUAUGAACAUUAUUUCUUCCCCGAAUUUGGCCUUAUGAUAAAUUUUUUACUCUUCUCCUUGGCAUCUCCCCUUCUCAUCGCACCCAUGCCCCCCAAAACCCCCCUCCCUAUUGUUUCUGCUAAGAUGCUAGGAUAAAGCUUCAUUUCUAAUCUGAGGAAAUACUAUUGUGGAAUUAUUCAUGUUCACAUCAUAAGAUACAAAUUGGAUAACAUUGCUAAUUGGCUAUUAAAUAUGGUAGGUGUAGCUCAGGUUUCUAUAGGUGAAGUAUGUCUUUGUUGUCCCGCAUAAUGCAUAGUAGUAUCUUUUUCUGCUUGAGGUUUAAAGUGAAUCUUGUUUAAUGAAGUCAUGUGUGUCUACCUACAAAGAAGAGAGACAUUGUUAUGCAGGUUUUUUGAAAGUUGAUAGUGAAAAAGUGGUGGUAAGAAUUGGUGUCUACUUCCACCUGCCAUGCCUUGGUGUGUGUUGAGAGUAUUACUAUAAUAUUAUUAGGGUUUACACUUAUUGUAAUAUGUAUACCUCACAGAAGGUAUACUUGUCUUUAGUAUGUUUGUUCGGUAACUAUAAAUACAAGUUGAUAGUGAGAGGUUGGGUAAGUUAAGCCUCUCUUUGCCUCUCUCAUAUUGUGUUAAGUAUGUCUCUAUUCUAAACUUAACUAUGAGUAUAAGGUUGCACUGAAUAUGCUUGAAGGCAUCAUCCAUUCCAUGUUUUUCAUUAUCUUCUAGUUGUCCUUCAUUGAAAGACCUUAUUUCCACUUACAUUUACGCAUGUCAUAUGAUGUAUUCUUUUGAAGGAAUAAAAAAUGUGGCAUUGUUAGGAUUUGAUUAGUAACAAAAAUUUGUUGGUAUUGGUGAAAUCAUGAUAGUUGUUAGGUUGCUAACUGAUGCUACCGCUCUUUCUUAUAUGUGAAAUAGUUGGGCUUGCCAAUUCAUGAAUUUAAAUCGUUUACUCUGUGUAAGGUAUAGAACAAGCUCGCGAGGAAGCUAUAGUGGAUU